UUCUCUCGGUUGAGCUUGACACAGAGCGGAGGGUCUCCUCGGUCUGUAGCUGUCUCCGCUGUUUCUCUUCAUUUUCCACCGAAAAAUCAUUCACCGUUUCUCUUCAUCAUGGAGGCCGCUGUCCGCCUCAUUCCCGCCGUCACGCUCGUCCUGUUGUCCUGUUUUCCCGCGGCGGAGUCCUCGCGCAGGGACGUGCUGGAGCUCGGGGACGCGGACUUCGACUACCUGGCAACGGAGCACGAGACUAUGCUGAUCAAAUUCUAUGCUCCAUGGUGUGGUCACUGUAAGAAGUUGGCUCCAGAGUUUGACAGAGCAGCGACUCGACUGAAGGGCACCGUGCAGCUAGCUAAGGUGGACUGUACGGCUCACUCAGAGACCUGUGCCCGUUUCGGCGUGUCUGGCUAUCCCACUCUCAAGAUCUUCAGGAACGGAAAAGACUCUGCCCCCUAUGACGGUCCUCGCACCGCAGAUGGGAUCUAUCAGUACAUGAAGAAGCAGACCGGUCCAGACUCAGUUCUCCUGAAGACUGAAGAACACCUGCACACAUUCAUGGACCACUACGACGCCAGCAUCAUCGGUGUGUUUUCAGGUGCAGACAGCCCUCGUCUGUCAGAGUUUGUGCGAGCUGCAGGUCUCCUGAGAGACCAGUUCAGAUUUGCUCAUAGUGUAGAGCUGAAGCUGGGGGAGAAAUACGGGGUGAACUCUGAGUGUGUGUUGUUGUUCAGACCUCCCAGACUGGCCAAUAAAUUUGAGGACAGUGUUGUCGUCUUCAAAGAUUAUCUGACCAUCGGAUCUCUCAGACGCUUCAUCAGAGAUAACGUCUAUGGUUUAUGCCCUCACAUGACUGUGGAGAACAGAGAUCGUCUGAGAGUACGAGACCUGCUGACAGCGUACUACGACCUCGACUUCCAUCACAACAGCCGAGGGUCCAACUACUGGAGGAACAGGGUGAUGAAGGUUACAUCUAAAUACAGUGCGCGGGGCCUGACAUUCUCAGUGGCCAAUAAGAAGGACUUCCUGUCUGAGUUGGAGGAGGACUUUGGCCUCGGCACAUCAGACGGAGGAGAGCUGCCGUUCGUCACGAUCCGGACCAAACUGGGCCACAAGUACACCAUGAGAGAGGAGUUCACGAGGGACGGUCAGUCGUUGGAGAGGUUUCUCGAUGAUUACUUCUCAGGUCUUCUCAAACGUUACGUGAAGUCUGAACCUGUACCUGAAAGAAACUCUGCGUCUGUCAAGGUUGUGGUCGCUGAGUCGUUUGAUCAGGUGGUCAAUGAUCCAGAUAAAGAUGUUCUGAUACAGUUCUACUCUAAUUCCUGUCCACACUGUAAGAAACUGGAGCUGGUCUACAAGGAGCUGGCUGACACGCUGCUCUCUGAUAAGAAAAUGGUCAUUGCAAAGAUGAACGCAGUGGAGAACGAUGUUCCAUCGGGCUACGACGUCCAGGGAUUUCCCACCAUUUACUUUGCUCCUGUGGGCAGAAAGGACGAGCCAAUCAGAUAUGAGGGCGCUCGGGAGCUCAAAGACUUCCUGAAAUUUCUGAAGCGUGAGAUGAGCCACAGUCUGGUGGAUGGCGGGUCAAAGGACGAACUGUGACCAAUUCUCAACCACCAAUCAGGUCUAACCACCUGGUCUCCAUGACAACAGACAUGUAGCAGAGGAGUGGGAAAUCCUGCUGACAGACCGGGACCAGACUUUGGACCAGAGACAGGAAGUGAUGGACAGACAGCUGCUGACUUUCACAAAAACACCUGUAUGUCAUGAUGUCAUCAUGACAUCACCAGCCUACCUAAGGACAUUUAUUUAUUUAUUUAUUUGUUUGUUUAUUUAUUUAUGUAUUGACCCCUCUCAGAGACUCCUCGUACAUUAAAUGACAGACUGGUGUAAAAUCAUCGGCCAAUCAGAAGAGGACCUGAGCUGAACGUGUUGAUGAAGUGACACAUGGCGGCUUGAGUCAGCUGUCUGUGAUCCUCGUACUCAGAGAAAAGACAAACAAACAUCGUCCAAUCAGAAACAUUCUCACAUCAAGAAAAGAGAAGUAGAAAAUGGCAUCCAGUGGAGCUUUAUUUGUAAUACUUUUUAUGAAUGAACUGUUUUGUUUCUAAUAAACACUUCCAGACCUCCA